AUGCUGCAGAUGGUUCGCACCCUCGCCCAGUUCUCUAUAGCGCUGGACGAGAUGCAAGAGAAUGGAGUGAACACCAGCGAAGAAGGAAGACAAGAGAGAGAGGAGGGAGGAGGAGAGGAACUGAUGGACAGGGAUGCAGCUGAUCGCCAUGGGAACACUAACGGGAAUGGAUCUGGGAGUGCCAAUGGAAAUGGAAAUAUGGCAAACGGGAAUGGUCUUGGAGCCGUGAGUCCUCAGAAUCGCGGCGAGGUAGAUCAGUGUGUGUGUCUGAAGGGAUACACAACAGCGGGUACUCCAUAUAAAGUGCCCCCCACCCAGAUGAACGGAGCCCCCCCGCCCUACUCCCCCUCCCCCAACCCCUACCAGACAGCCAUGUACCCCAUCAGAAGUGCCUACCCCCAGCAGAGCAUGCAGAACCUGCAGAACUUAUAUGCACAGGCGUAUUACACCCAGCCUGUGUAUGCUGCUCAGCCUCAGCCACAUGUAAUCCACCACACCACAGUGGUUCAGCCAAACAGCCUGCCCUCAGCCCUCUACCCCGCCCCGGUCCAAGCCCCUAGAAACAACGGAAUGGCUGCCAUGGGGAUGGUUGCCGGGACCACCAUGGCUAUGAGUGCAGGAACCCUGCUGACCACACCUCAGCACGCUCAGCUGGGAACGCACCAACACGUCACCAUGCCACAGUACCGGCCCCAGGGCACACCUGGAUACAGCUAUGUCCCUCCCCACUGGUAGACCCCCCCCCCCCACCCCACGAGAAAUCUGGAGUCCGACAUGGUAUGCAACUACUCCAGUCUUACACGGGCUUCUCACAGUCACCAUGGCAACCUCACACCUGUCUGCAACAACAAAACUAAAGGCAACGGACACUUGCUGCAUUCUCUAGGGUUUUACAGAAGCUGCUUGAUAUUUUUAUGUUUACUCAACGAUUCUUUUCUUUUUGUCCUUUGAUUCGCCAAUAUGUCGUGUCAUUACAUUGUUUUCCACAUUCUUACAUCAUCAUUGGAACUCCAGAGUGAUUGACCAAUCACGAGUGUCUGUUGCUCUGCUCGUGUACUGUGUGCUGCUGCUGUGUGUCAGUGGUGGGAAUGUACUGGUCACGUGCUGCUCCAUCCCUGUCAUCAUCACCAGCUGAUGCUGCCAAAUGUUCUAACCAUUAGAUAUCAGCACAGUGCUUUGAUUGAAUUCAUAAAGAUUUGUUUUAAUCCCUUACUUUUCCUUUCCAACAAAGCACUGUGUUGGAACAGCGUACCUGACGUUUUCUUUACAUCCUGUGUGUUGGAACAGCGUACCUGUCGUUUUCUUUACAUCCUGUGUGUUGGAACAGCGUACCUGUCGUUUUCUUUACAUCCUGUGUGUUGGAACAGCGUACCUGUCGUUUUCUUUACAUCCUGUGUGUUGGAACAGCGUACCUGUCGUUUUCUUUACAUCCUGUGUGUUGGAACAGCGUACCUGUCGUUUUCUUUACAUCCUGUGUGUUGGAACAGCGUACCUGUCGUUUUCUUUACAUCCUGUGUGUUGGAACAGCGUACCUGUCGUUUUCUUUACAUCCUGUGUGUUGGAACAGCGUACCUGUCGUUUUCUUUACAUCCUGUGUGUUGGAACAGCGUACCUGUCGUUUUCUUUACAUCCUGUGUGUUGGAACAGCGUACCUGUCGUUUUCUUUACAUCCUGUGUGUUGGAACAGCGUACCUGACGUUUUCUUUACAUCCUGUGUGUUGGAACAGCGUACCUGACGUUUUCUUUACAUCCUGUGUGUUGGAACAGCGUACCUGUCGUUUUCUUUACAUCCUGUGUGUUGGAACAGCGUACCUGACGUUUUCUUUACAUCCUGUGUGUUGGAACAGCGUACCUGUCGUUUUCUUUACAUCCUGUGUGUUGGAACAGCGUACCUGACGUUUUCUUUACAUCCUGUGUGUUGGAACAGCGUACCUGUCGUUUUCUUUACAUCCUGUGUGUUGGAACAGCGUACCUGUCGUUUUCUUUACAUCCUGUGUGUUGGAACAGCGUACCUGUCGUUUUCUUUACAUCCUGUGUGUUGGAACAGCGUACCUGUCGUUUUCUUUACAUCCUGUGUGUUGGAACAGCGUACCUGUCGUUUUCUUUACAUCCUGUGUGUUGGAACAGCGUACCUGUCGUUUUCUUUACAUCCUGUGUGUUGGAACAGCGUACCUGUCGUUUUCUUUACAUCCUGUGUGUUGGAACAGCGUACCUGACGUUUUCUUUACAUCCUGUCCUUCUGAUCAUCUUCCACUUCUGAUAACAAGGGGUGUCUUCCAGCUUAUAGCUGUUUCUUAGAUAGAUCUGUAACGUCUUGAUCCGCUGUCUGACUAGAUCUGUAAUGACUAGAUCCGCUGUCUGACUAGAUCCGCUGUCUGACUAGAUCUGUAACGUCUUGAUCCGCUGUCUGACUAGAUCUGUAAUGACUAGAUCCGCUGUCUGACUAGAUCCGCUGUCUGACUAGAUCUGUAACGUCUUGAUCCGCUGUCUGACUAGACCUGUAAUGACUAGAUCCGCUGUCUGACUAGAUCUGUAACGACUAGAUCCGCUGUCUGACUAGAUUCUGUAAUGACUAGAUCCGCUGUCUGACUAGAUCUGUAACGACUAGAUCCGCUGUCUGACUAGAUCUGUAAUGACUAGAUCCGCUGUCUGACUAGAUCUGUAAUGACUAGAUCCGCUGUCUGACUAGAUCUGUAAUGACUAGAUCCGCUGUCUGACUAGAUCUGUAAUGACUAGAUCCGCAGUCUGACUAGAUCUGUAAUGACUAGAUCCGCUGACUGACUAGAUCCGCUGUCUGACUAGAUGCAGCAUCACAAUGGCCACAGUACUUACCAGUUACUGAAUUCAUUUCAAUCUAGAGGUAUUUUGUCAUUAAGCUUAAACCUAUAAAUUGCAAUAUAUAUAUAUUUAUAUAGCUGUAUGUGUGUACAGGAUGUGUGGUCAUGCACACAGUCACACAAUUACACAUACACAGAUACACACAGUCUUGUUUAACUAAACUGGUGGGGACAUACAAUUCAGUCCCAUUCAAAAUCCUAUAAAUACACACACAAGUCAUACUUAAAGCAGGAUCACUUAAUGUCAAUCAAAUAAUCAUAUGUGGAAUCAAACGUGUGCCAACACAGUUAAACACACACACAAACACAUGGUCACACACACACACAGUACAUUAGACUACCACUCGGACUGAUAGCGUGUUGAUGAACAUGUUUAGGUGUUAAAGGCAUGUGGAAGCACUGGGCAGGGUGACAUGGCAGAGGGGAGGAUGAGGAGUGGAGGAUCAUGAGAGGAGGGGA